CGGCGGAGCAGAUUCUUCUCGUCCGAUGGACGACAGCUGUGUACAGUGGUCCGAUCUCCCUCCUGAACUUUGGACGGUCAUCGGAAAAUACCUUGAUAGCUAUAUUGAUGUCCUCAGAUGUCGCUGCAUCUGCCGAUCACUGCGUGCUUCGUUUCCUCCGUUCAACGACGUUUCUCCUGCUCUACCUCUCCACGUCCCUUCUCCUUGUAAUGACGACGCCGAGUAUCCAAUCAGAUACAGUAUACUCACUCGAAAGAUAAUCUAUCGCCUCAGUCCCCUCGCUUUCCAUCAAACUAACGCGAUUUCUUCAUCUGCGGCGGCGAAGGGAUGGUUUGCCGUGGUAGAGACUACACAGAAAGGUAAACAGAAACAUAUGGUGGAGUGUGGCGGCGAGGUUUACGUGGUGGAUCGAUUCGAUGAUGUGAGUGACACUGAGACUGGUUCCAGUGAGAGCGAGAGUGGGAGUGAGAGUGAGGAAGAAGAAGAAGAGGAUGAAGAGGACGAGGAAGAUGAAGAAGCAGAGGAAGAAGAAGAGGAAGAGGUUGAAAUCGAAGUGUAUAAAGUGGACUUGGAUGAUGACUACCUAAGAAGAAGAUUGGAGGAGGUGGAGAAUUUAGGGAAUGAAGCGUUGUUCUUUGAGGAAGAGGGAGAGCAGUUUCUCUGUUCCGGCAACAGAUUUGGAAGGAAUUCAAGGGAAUUGGAAAAUUAGCAAAA